CGUGAGCAGGAAGAGGGAAACGAAAGCAGAGACCGAGGGGGCCCGACGUAUUUAAACACGAUGCUGCUGCUGCCGCACAAUAACGGUGACCGCGGCUUCGCACGGAGGAGCGCGUCUGCUGCCAGCCCACUCCACACACACGCACGGACACUGAGAUCCACGCAAGUGACCUUUUGAUCGAAUUGAUGGUGUUUUUAAUUUAAAAGAAGGGGACAGUCCGCAAAGUCGCUGCAGGAUGGUGAAAUUGACUUGAGAGACAUGGAAGUGUCACCGCGGGUUAUUGCCUCAGGAAAUGAUGACAGUGUCCUCCAUCAUCGCUGAGCUGCUCACAGCGAAAUUGUCUUGUCUUGCGGCCAUUUCCACAGGACUCAACUGCCUUUAAUUUAAUACACAUAAAGACUAACCCGGAGGCUGUGGGAGCAGGUGCAGCGCGUCUCGGCUUCAGUGUGCCCGCAGGCAGCCUCACAGCUCACAGGUAGCCGCUGAGCCGGCUGUGGACUCUGAAACCUGAUCUGGAUCCAGCUUGGACAUCACAGCUCAGACAUGACAUCCACUAUAGAGAGGAAGACACUGGAAGCCAAUGAGGAACCUGUGGAUGAAGUCCUCCAGAUGCCCCCGUCCCUGCUGACAUGUGGUGGGUGUCAGCAGAGCAUCGGUGACAGAUUCUUCCUAAAGGCCAUCGAGCAGUACUGGCAUGAGGACUGCCUGAGCUGUGACCUGUGUGGCUGUCGACUCGGGGAGGUGGGCCGCAGGCUCUACUACAAGCUGGGGAGAAAGUUAUGUCGGAGAGACUACCUCAGGCUUUUCGGUCAGGACGGUCUCUGUGCUUCCUGUGAGAAGAGGAUCCGAGCGUUUGAGAUGACGAUGCGUGUGCGGGACAAAGUUUACCAUCUGGAAUGCUUCAAGUGUGCCGCGUGCCAGAAGCACUUCUGCGUGGGUGACCGCUACCUGCUCAUCAACUCAGACAUUGUGUGCGAGCAGGACAUCUUUGAGUGGACCAAACUCAACAAUAACAACAUGGUUUAGGAAAAUCUCUUGCUCACCACAAAGGAGCGUCACCAUGCCUUUUCCCACUGGCUUUAACGGGAACAAACCAUUGAUAAACAGACUGUUUGCAGCCUGUGCAGGCUUCAUCAUGCAUCUGACAUUCAUAUGGAAUCAUUUUUAACACAUCUCUGCGUCGCUCCCUGCUGCACCAGCAAUAACAGAUGACUUUUCAUCAGAGGUUUCAUCCUUUAAUGCAAAAAAUGCUUAAAUACUGGAAAUACAUGCAAUAAUAGUUGUUGUUAUACACACUGGAAUUUUAGAACAUUAGCAAUGAACAAAAACUAAAUCACUGUCAAGUUUCUUGCAGUCUAGUACUGCUUCAUCACCUCAGUCUGGUCUGAAGUGUUCGAUGAGUAAGCUUUUAUUUUGUGUGUCGGUAGUUUCCUGAGAAUUUUCUGGAAAGAACAAUGUCAUUUGUUACUAAUUAUAAAGAAAACAGAAACUCUGCUGAAGAAACGGCUCCAAUUUAAAUCCAAGUAAACACUGACUCAUUGUUGGAAGCUUAAUUCUCCAUAUAGGUUGAAUUAUAUGCUAACCUGUGGACUAAUUUCACAUUUGCAUGUUGUACUGACUGUCUCUAUUUUCUACAUGAAUAGUUUUGUAUCCAGGGAGCUUCACCGGAAAAUCAGCAAGAAUUUAUUAGGAAAUUACACACAUGUAAAAUGAAGUGCUACCAGAUUUUCAUGUUAUAAAUGGAAUACAUAGUCCAUUUUGGAAAAAAAAAAUCCUUAUCAGAAUGAUUGUACUGUGUUGCCAGGUUGAACUGGUGGCGCCCUCUAGUGAUCGAGGGGUUCCAUGCAAUACUAAUUUUACUGACUUUGGAGCUGUUUGCAGUGUCUUUUGUAAUUGUUACACCUUUCUGGACAUGCACCCAAGACUUUUUGGAUAUUUACUAUAAAUAAAUUACAAUUUAGAGAAACACUGAUAA